CCUUACAUGAACAAGCCCAUCAGCAAACUACUUCACUACUUUACCCAAAUCUACAACUCAAUUAUUCAGAUUUAUCUUGUUCUAUUGGUUUUUCUCUUGGACGAUAUAGUUCGAAUAGACAGUUUGGUCAGUUUAUUGAGUGGUAUCAUACUGUUGGCCUAUUACAAUUCUGUAGCUUAUCUACUCGUAAUCAACUACAUACUUUAAAGCAUACUACCAGAUAUACUAUUGCUCGUAGAGCUGCUCGAGAUAUAAUAUUUAGCUGUUACUAUUAUAGUGAAAUUCCUGAUCCUAAAUUUUUAAUAAUUUAUUUAUUACAAAGAUAUACUACCUUUAUACAUUAUUCAUCUUUAGGAAUGUAUUUUGCUAACCCCUAUGACUUAUAUAUUGAUACUGACUACCAAGUAGAGAAUUUAAUUAAUCUACCUGAAGAGUUAGAACCACUUGAAACUUCAUAUAUUUCUAAUAGUAGUCUUCAAUUAACCCAAUACUCUGACCCUACUAAUAUUACUUAUUUAGAAGAUAGUUCUUUUAGUGAAGGAUCUAUAUCAUAUCAAUUACUCAUUAAUACUUUCCCACCAGAGUCUGAAACUGGAAAAAUGUUAGCUUCUGGAUCUACUAGUAAAGUAGAAAACAUUAUCCAAGAUCUAACUGAUAGUUUUAAAAAAAUGAGUCUUAAUUUGGUCCAACAAGAUAACAAGAAGAAAGCUUACACUGUUAAAAGUGAAGAAGAAACAACUUUUAUCAAAAUAGAGAUUUCAGAAGAAGAUCCAAAUCAGGACCUUGAAAUUAUAGAAGAAAUCCAUCUAGAAGUCAAGAAAGGUAUAGAAGAAAUACUCAAGAUUAUAAUCAUUAUGACAAAAGCAGAUUUAGAGAUUAUAAUCGCUAUAAUAAAAACAGAUAAUAAAGAAACCACCUCUACCAAUCAUUGGGAUACUCUUUUAAAUAAUACUAGUAUCAGAGAAGCCUUAGCAAAUUAUCUGCAAGGUGACUCCAAUAUUGCUAUAGAAGGACAAUCUAUAGUUAGUAAAGUGGAUGAUGACUGGGAAGAAGAAUAUGAGAAUGAAGAAUUAAUCCCUUAUGAAGCCUAUACCUUGGAAGCAGAAUCUAAUAAUAUUGAAGAUUCAGGAUGA